AGGAGUGAAAAAAAUACAAAAAUGUCUUCACCGAUUGUAACACCCGGAUCUCAAGCUCUUGAAGCUAUUAAAAAUAUCAAGGAUUUGGCUGUAUUUAAAAAACCAUUAGGUCCUGCAAGACGCAGUAAAAAAUUCCGACCAAAAACUUUAGAUGAAGACACGUAUAUUGAAAAAAUGGGUGAAAUAAUACAAAGAGAUUUUUUUCCUCAUUUAGAAAAAUUAAAAGCUCAGAAUGAUUAUCUAGAUGCAAUUGAACAAAACGAUGCUAAAAAAAUGAGAGAUUUAUAUACAAAAUACAGUUCUGGACAACCACUUACUGAAAGAAUAACUAGUCCAGCAACAUUUGAAACUCCCUUGCGUGAAGAUACUAAUAAUCUUACGAAAAAUAAUAAAGAUUCACAGCAUUGUUCAACAACCGGAGAAAAUACUACAGAUAAUAAAACACAGGUAAUGGGUUUGGAUGUAUAUCUAAGCACGCAUACAAGUGAAGAUAAUGCGAGUUUUGAAGAAAUGAUGGAAGAAGCAAAUAAACGUCAGAGGAUUAAAUAUGCUUGGUUAUAUAAAAUGGAAGAAAAUUCGCAAGCUCCGAGUCUUAAUGCUAAUGAAAAUACUUUAUCUAUUACUGACAGCAAAAGUUCAAAACCAUUAAUGCUAGAUACUUGGAAUUAUAGAAAUAAAAACUACAUUAUGUAUAUACCUGAUGGCGUAGAAUUGACACCAGAAGAAAAAAUAGAAAUGGCUAAAAGGAAACAAGAAAUAAUUCAUUCUAAUACAAGGUUAAAUACAAAUCCAUUCAAUGAAAAACACAAUAAAGAGACACUUAAUGAAUUAGCUAAAUCUCAAUUAAAAGUUUAUGACGGAAAAAUUGGUGUUGACGGUAAGGAAGUUAUUAGAAAUCUUACACCAAAAGUAAAUGGUUUCAGUUUUGUUGCUACUCCAAGUCCUAGGCCAGAAGAUUGUGAAAGUCCUCUGAUGACAUGGGGAGAAAUUGAAGGUACACCUUUCAGAUUGGAUGGCGGUGAUACACCGAUAUUAAGGUCUAAUCAAGGGCCAUCAUUUCGUAUGGCUGAACCACCUAAAAGAGAAAAGUUAGCUCUACAAUUAGCAGAAAAAGCCGGUGAACGACACAGAGAUAGGAAAAGUAAAGCACUAGAAGCUGCUAGAAAGUCAUUUGCAACGCCAUCACCUAGAUGCUUAUCAACAAUUGAUCGUCUCAGCACAAUGUCACCAGCAGCAAGAAGAUUAGCCACGCAAAAACUCCGGAUUGUUGGCACUCCAAGUCCUCGGCGUACACUAUUAAGAUCACCAUCGAUUGGCGUAAAAACUCACAGCCUAUCACACCGAGCUACACCGAAUCACACUUCAUUAAAAGAAGUACAUUCAGAUGGCACUUCUAAAUCUAAAGAUACUAUACUUACUGAUAAUCUACUAAAUUUACCUCAAAGACAAAGAGCUUCCGACUUUUUUAAUUAG